AUGAAAGAAAAGAGAGACCACUUACUUCCUGUCGAUGAAUUGAUUGUUUUCAUCCUUUCAACAGCCUCCACUCCUGCUAUGCAUUUCGUCCGUCGUGCCGCUCUCAGAGCUGCUUCCAACGCCUCUUUCGUUUCUAAACCUCGCACCAUCAACACUACUUCCCCAUUCGUUGUCAGAGCAUCAAACGAGAGAAUAUCAACAGCAGUAUUCCGAAGAUUUGCAAGUGAUGAUGCACAUGCCAGAGAAGAGAACGAAGAUGCACAAGAGGAAGGAGCCGUCCGAUCAGCUAUCAAUUCCGCCGCAGAGACCGUCUCAGAGUAUGCCUCAGAGGCCAAGGAAACCGUUGCUCAAGCAACUGGAUUCGGAUCCAGAAGCGUGGGCUUUGGUAGCAGGGACAUACACGUAGAUCGUCUUUCCAUUGAGCCUAACAAUGGUGUCUACAUUGGUAACUUGUUGUUCGACAUUACCGAAGAGGAUCUUAAGAAGGAAUUCGAGCACUUCGGAACCAUUACCGAUGUCAGAGUCACUAGAGAUGCUAGAGGUUUGAGCAAGGGAUUUGCCUACAUUGACUUCGCAGAUGUUCAGUCCGCAACUGCAGCCAUUGAAGGCAAGAACCAAACUAUCUUUGAGGGCCGAAGACUUGUUGUCAACUACGUCAACAGAACACCAAAGAUUAGAGAUCAAAACCCACCUUCCAAGUGCCUCUUCAUCGGAAACCUCGCCUUCGAGAUGUCUGAUGCCGAUUUGAACAGCUUGUUCCGCGAGGUUAGAAAUGUCAUUGACGUUCGUGUUGCUAUUGAUAGACGCACUGGACAGCCAAGAGGUUUCGCCCACGCAGACUUUGUUGAUGUUGAUAGUGCCAUGAAGGCUCUUGAACAAUUACAAGGAAAGGAGGUCUUCAACCGAAAACUGAGAGUUGAUUACAGUCUUGGCGAGAGAAGCGCUGGAGGCCGUGAGCGCAACGACCGUGGAUUCGGCAACAAUGACCGUGGUGGACGUGGAUCAUACGGUGGUGGUCGUGGAGGAUAUGGUGGUGACCGUGGUGACCGUGGAGGAUAUGGUGGUGACCGUGGUGGAAGAAGCUCAUCAUUCUAA